GGCUUCAUAAAUCUAACAGCGCCGCCCGAGGUCUUUGACAUCGGAGAGCCACAACCAACGACAAGCGCGGAGAAACAGUCGCAAAACCCCACGUGCGCACAUGGAGAUGGAGGCUCCGGCGGACCAAGCUAGCGGCAAGCACAUCGUUCUGGUGCACGGCGCAUGCGUCGGCGGCUGGGCCUGGUUCAAGGUGGCCACGCGGCUCAGGGCCGCCGGCCACCGCGUCAGCGCGCCUGACCUCGCGGCGUCGGGCGUCGACCCCACGCCGCUGCGCGAGGUGCCGACGUUCCGCGACUACACCAAGCCGCUGCUGGACCUCCUGGAGUCCCUCCCGCCCGGGGAGAAGGUGGUGCUCGUCGGCCACAGCCUCGGCGGCGUGAACAUCGCCCUCGCCUGCGAGCUGUUCCCGGAGAAGGUCGCCGCCGCGGUCUUCCUCUCCGCCUUCAUGCCGGACCACCGGUCGCCGCCGUCGUACGUGCUUGAAAAGUUCGUCGAAGGAGGAACGCUGGACUGGAUGGACACGGAGUUUAAGCCUCAAGAUCCUGAGGGCAAGCUUCCUACUGCCAUGCAGUUCGGGCCGCUGGUCACGCGAGCAAAGUUCCUCCAGCUGUGCUCGCAGGAGGAUCUGACGCUGGGAAGAUCCCUGAUGAGGGUCGGUUCGAUGUUCGUGGAGGACCUGAGAGUGCAGCCACCAUACACGGAGGCCCGCUACGGGUCGGUGCGCAGGGUGUUCAUCGUCCUCAAGGACGACAACGCCAUCGUCGAGGGCUUCCAACGGUGGAUGGUGCAGAACUACCCCGUGGAGGAGGUCAAGGAAAUCGACGGCGCCGACCACAUGGCGUUGUUCUCGACGCCGGCCGAGCUAGCGCACUGCCUCGCCGACAUCGCCGUCAAGUAUGCCGCCUGACGAUAUGGUUUCGAGAUGUUUCCGAGACUUUAUAUCGCACUCAAUUUCAGAAAGAUGAUGUUUCAACGUCACAUCGCAUGGUGGUGCCAAAGUGAAUUUCCGGUGGGUGACUCGUUGUUGUGAUGCACUCAGCUUGCCUACUCGGAUUUACAGAGGAGGGAGAAGAUCAGGGGAGGGAGAGAUACAGAGAGACGGGGGAAAUGGUCUAGUUCUAUCUGAAAACUCGACAUUCUUCAAAAUAACCUUUUUUGUAGCUUGUGCAAAAAAGACAAAAUUUUAUGCCAUGAAACACUAUUUAGAAGCAGUAAAAUUUGUCUUUUUUACU